UAUUGGAAGAUGGCCACCGCGGCCGAGGACCCCCACCUUGGCUCUGGCCCUGAUGACGACGACGUGUCUCCAUCAAGGAGUGACUCCGACUCAGACAGCAUCCUCUCCGAUGACUCUGUACUUCCAGACUACCCGUUGCAGGCAACAAACGGCAGCGUAGCAUCAACGCUGUAUCAAGCUUGCGCCCGGAACGAACCCAUCUCUCUGGGGAAAGUUCUGGAGAGAGGAGUCACAAAAGAAGAGGUGAUGGAGCUGGACAUCAACGGCUGGAAUGGCUUGAUGGUGGCUUGUUGCAAAGGUUUUCUGGAGAUUGUAUAUGGGCUUCACAACUGUCCCUACAUAGACAUAAAUCAUCAGGAUAAAGAAGGCAACACUGCACUCAUGAUUGCAUCUCAAGCAGGUCACAUCAUCACAGUGAUGUAUCUCCUAAACUACUAUCCUGGUAUAGACACUGAAGUAAAGGACUGUCGAGGCUUCACAGCCCUCAUCAAAGCAGCCAUGACUGGCCGCAAUGAUGUCGUUGCAUCUCUUGUUAUGGCUGGGGCUGAUAUACAUGCAGUAGACUCUACAAAAGGAAAAUGUGCUCGGGACUGGGCCCUCAAAACAGGUCGCUACGAGACCUUGCAUCGUCUCCGUCGCCUGAACCUUCGUCCGAAAGCUGAGCAGUUCUGUGAGAGUUAUGUCCCUGAAUGGCCUGAGCUCAAGGAGAGAGUAGCCAAGGCCACAGCUCAGAAGACUCCCGCGGAAAAAAUCACCCAGAGGCUCAAAAACACCUUUGGAUUCAGAUUACCUCAUGAUCCCCAAGACAAUGGGGUAUUGGACCACAUGGUGCGCAUCACCACCAGUGUCCACAGUCCUCUGAUUUCAACUGGAUGCCGCCCACUCUGCCCUACUAGCCCUCCAGAGGUGGGGAAGAGGCGUUUGGCUGUUCCAGAGCUGGUGAAGAAACACUCACACAAGGACCUUGAAGAAAGCUCAGUGUGCCACAGCAGCAGCUCAGUGUCGCACAUCAUACCCACACUCCACUCUACAGAGUCCAUUGCUACAACGUGCUGUGCCGACACUAAGCGGCGAGGCAGCAUCCUCUCCUUGGCCUCCACCAAAGCAGCUUCGACAUUUAUUCCUCGUAGUAUGGCGAGACGGAACAGUGUGUUCCCCUCCGGCUGUAUCCCCAAGAUCAGCAUCGACAGGCCUUCAGAAGCAACGCCAAAGAAAGAGAAAAAGAAGAAGAAGAAGAAGGAAAAGGGCUUCCUGGAACCACCAAAGUGGAAGUACAAGGAGAUAAGAGAGGAGAAAAAGAAGGAGAAGGAAGAGAAAGAGAGGGAAGCCAAAGAGAAAAAGCAGAAAAAGGAAAAAGAGAGCAAGAAGGUCAAAAACUAAGACUUCAUUAAGGUGCUGUUCAGCUGAGAAGAAUAUGCUUGAAUAAAAACACGCUCAACUCAGGGCUUGAAAUGUUUAAACCAAAUAUCUUGGAAAUAUUCAGCAAAUAUUGAACCUAUAAAUGAAAGGGAAUGACAGCUAACACAAAACGAGACCUUUAAAGCUUCUAAUGUCUAAAAUUUGAGGCAAAUAUUGCAUACAUUUUAAGUUAGAAAACAAAAUGUGAGAGCAUAUCUCCAUUAAUAUAUUCAACAUUUAUAGACUAAAAAAAAUGAAUGGAGAUUUUUCAUUGUUAAGAAGCCAUGCAUGUUACCCAUGUUUAGUCACUGAGUCUCACAUUAAACAGUUUAUGGUGUCUACCUCAUCCUUUAGAAAAAACACAAACAGGCAGCGACAAACUACUGUAUGCGUAGACCUACAUAUCCAUUUAUUAUGUAAGCUGUGUAUAGAUUCAAAUAUACCAUAGCCUAUUUGUAUUACUAUGUAAUAUUGUUGUAUGUACUCAAGUUAUUUUCCAAAUAGCUAGAGAAAAAUCACUGUAAAUACUGUACAGCCUGUACAGAAAGCAAAUAUCAAAGUGAGGAUCAGUGUAAUCCUCUAGUUUUAUUUCUAUUUUCUGAUGUUGCCAAUAAUAUAUUCAUAUGAUAUACCCUGUUUUUAUUUGUGAUGAGUGGGUUUAAUUUACUUGAAAUGGCAAAUAAAGGACAGUGAAAGAUUACGGACAGAUUUGUUGGUACACUUGUC